ACCGGAACUGGUUGUCAAUUGUAUAAAACUGAUGCGAUUAUGGAUUUUGAUUCAGUUAACGCCAAGAUGAAGAAGUUUGCUUUGUCAGCUGCUACUGCCCUGAACAGGGCUGUGCAGUACACUGAAGAAAAGCUUGGUCAGGCAGAAAAGACUGAAUUAGAUGCUCAUUUUGAGAAUUUACUUCAACGGUCUGAGAAAACAAGACAAUGGACAGAAAAACUGCUUCGUUCCUCAGAGACUUUACUUCAACCAAAUCCCAAUAUCCGUAUGGAAGACUUUUUGUAUGAGAAAGUUGAUAAAAAGAAGAGAGACAGGUAUACAAAUGCUGAACAGUUGGGUCAAGUAAUGAUCGACUCUGGGAACGACUAUGGUCCAGGAACUGCUUAUGGAAAUUCAUUAAUUAAAUGUGGCCAAACACAUAUGCAAAUUGGAAAUGCUGAAAAGGAAUUUGUACAAACAUCCUGCAAUAAUUUUCUUUCUCCAUUGAAAAAUUUCCUUGAAGGCGACAUGAGAACAAUUACAAAAGAAAAGAAAGUUUUGGAAACCAAGCGUUUGGAUCUUGAUGCUUGCAAGAGCCGUGUAAGGAAGGCUAAAAGCCAGGCUGGCCAGCAACAGGAUGAUGCUGUUGCUAAAGCAGAAGCUGAUUUGAGAGUAGCUCAAUCUGAAUUUGAUCGCCAAGUUGAAAUUACCAAGCUGUUACUAGAGGGAAUUAGCAGUACACAUGAAUCUGGAAGUAAAGUUCAGGCCCAUCAUCUGCGCUGCAUAAAUGACUUCAUUGAAGCUGAGAUGAAUUAUUAUGCUCAGUGUCAUCAAUAUAUGCUAGACCUACGCAAGCAGUUGGGCGGCUUAUCAUCAUUUAUCAGUUGUGCACCACGUAGUAUUUUUGCUCCAUCAGCCACAGAACUGGGGAACAAUUCCAAUGCUGGUGCACAGCCCCAACUAGCUAGUCUCAGCACAUUUUACCCCAAUCCAUCAGCCCCUCCAGCCAUUGAGGUGACUGCGCCAUCUCCCAAUGUUGAAAAAAAAUAUGCCAGAGUCCUUUAUGAUUACGCAGCAGCAGAUUUAACAGAAAUCUCUUUAACAGCUGAUGAGCUCAUAACUGUUCAUAGCCUUCCUAGUUUGGGAGAUGAUUAUGUGAUGGCUGAGAAAGGCCACGAUCGUGGCAAAGUUCCUGUUAAUUAUUUGCAAAUCCUAAAUUAAUUAUUUUUUUUCUAAUUACUGUUAGUCUCUUUCUCUCUCUUCUGAAAUCCAAUGGUUAAACAAUGGCUUCGAAGACAUUUUGUAAACUUCUAUUGGGGAUCAAUAUGCAAUACUAUCUUCCUUUUUUUUUUUUUUAAACCCUUUUGUUUAAUUCCAUGGCUGUUAUGCAAGUAUUUUUCUUCAACAUAAAAUUGUUUUGUUAUAUUUUGGUGCUUUAACUCCAUGCUCACUGUCUAAUAAUAGUGUACUUCUCAGUCAUCCCAUCUAAGUAGAUUUUCAACAACUGCUAUCAGGAGAGAUUUCACUUUUGUAUUUCUCCUCCUCCUUAGCAAAUAUGGACUUCAACAAUUGGACAUAUAAUAUUUCAACUAACUUUGGGCAUUGUUGCCUUUUUGGGGAAUUUUUUUUUUUUUUUCCUGGUAUCAUUCAUUGUUAUUAAAAUUUAGCUUGUGAAAAAUUAAAUUUGGUCAAUUCUUGCAGAAUGUCAGUUUAAAAUUUUAACAAAAUGAGCAUUUGAUUUAAAACUCCAUCUUGCUCUCUCUCUCUCUAUAUAUAUAUAUAUAUAUAUAAAUAUAUAUAUAUAUAUAUGCUUUUUUUUUUUCGAAGUUCUUAGCACAAAAAAAAAAUUAAAAAGUGAAAUUAGACUUUAUGGAGAAAAAAAAUUAUCUUCAUCCAUUACAAAUGUCUUUUCUCAUAUAUAUUGACUUGAUUAUUGACUUGAUUCAAGCAAUAAAAAUGUUACUCAGAAAUUUUAAAGCAAUAAGGAUUGUUAUUUCAAUUUAUUCAUAGAUAUCUUACAUUAUGCAUAGAUUUUACAUAUACACACAUAGAUACAUACAGACACACACUUAUAUGCAAUAAUUCUAUCUUCUUAGACUUACAGAUUUAGACAUGUAAUAGCCAAGUAAACAAAGAAAAAAAAAGAAAGAAAAAAUAUUGUUAGCCAUUGUAAAAGUUUCUUUUUAUAGACUUCAUCUGAAGGUUUCAAGGUUUUUAAAUAAAGAUACAAUUUAUUCAUGUAA